UUGAGAUCCCAGCAUUGACGAACAACAGCGGCGGCGAUGGACUCUGAGCGCGGCUUGGAAGCGUCCGGAUCGAUGUGCUUCCAUGGAGUGGAGUACUACGUACAUGUGUGGGUCGAAUCUGAUGAGCUCCAUGUGCAAGUGGAGGAACAGAGUGUCAAAGGCGGUGCCGAUAGCGAUCGAUGGGGAGCGCACUUCCCGUCCUUGUGUACACGUCGAUUCACCGCCGAUUACAUGCUGACAAUGGAUGACAUAGACAUCGAAGAACUGACCAAGAAGACUGGAAACUUUAAGCGUUUUUACACGUUCGUGAACAUGCUCAUGUCGGCGUUGCAGCACAAGAGCGAAUCUGUGUUCAUCGACCUGCUCACGUAUUCCGACCUGGAACUGUAUCGAAAGCGUAAGCUGGGCAAGUCUGCCCCUUCGACCAAACUUCCCGAUCCCGUCGCAGCACUCAACAACAAGCGGUACUUGAUCUUGACCUAUGCCGUCGAGUUCGACCGCGUCCACUACCCGCUCCCGUUAAACUUUGUGGAAACUCCGUCCCCUGCCAUGCUUCAACGAACCAUUCGCCGUCUCAAACAGACGCUGCUCGAGACCCGCACGUCGUCCAUCGACGAUCCAGCCAACAAGACGCUGGCGAGCAUGCAGGCCGAGAAUGCUUCGUUGCGACUCCGCAUCCAGCAACUUCAAGACACCCGCGAAGACAACCAAGACGACUUGUCUUCAUCCGUGGUGCAUCUCAAGCGCCAACUGCAGGCGGCCACGACGGAACACAAGGAGCUGUCCACGCUGUACCAGCAAUUGCGAAAAGAAUCCGCCAAGGAAAUCCAAGCUUUGCGCGACCAACUGGAGGACCACACCCGACGGUCGCAAGACGCCCCAGACGACUCCCAGUACAUUCAGCGGAUUCGACAGCUUGAACGGGACCUCGACCGCGCCGCCGACGAACAAGCCCGUCUGACGAGCGACUUGAAGCAGCAAGUGACCGACGCGACCCGCGAAUUGAACGCGACCUCGACGACUGUGCAGGAAUUGCAGCUGAAAAAUCGCGAACUGCUUCGUCAGCUGGCCAUCCAAAGGACCAAAUCGAAUCCUCAACCCAAGUCAAAAGUACCCAUAGAUCGGCCGAAGGACGUGGCUAGUCCCUCGUCAAAGUACACAAAGAAACCCCGCCGACCUGGCUCGGCUGCAUCCAGCGACAGCGAAGGCAACUUUGACAAAAAGCCAUCUUCGACAUUGAAUUUCAAGCGAUUUGAUCCCACGGCGUACCAUGUACCCGCAUAUAAUUACCAUCAUAUCUAUACUUCUUUCUGUCCAUAUACUCAACACGACUACACAGCACGAACGGCAGCAGAAACUCCGAGCGCGGUCGCAGUCCCCCAAACCACCCACACCGACGAGGAAACCGCCGCCGCGAUCCAGCGGCGGGUACUCGUCCGACUCGUCCGCCGGGUACCACUCGGGGGCGUCGACUUCAACUACCCGGAGGUCGAGGCCCCCCCGCACAUUUUCAAGUCAACGGGAAACGGUCCUAGUCCACCUUGUACCAUAUUCAUGUCCUCACGGCUAACCUGUGAGUAGGAUGCCCGGUUGAGUUCCCCUCGGCAGUCCACCUCGGUGUCAAAACAAAGGGAUCGCCCCCCCGCGGUAGUAGCAGCCACCCGAUCCCCGCGCCGAGCCACCACCACCAAGACAACUGCGGCGGACACAAGGCGCACGUCGUCGCCCCGACAAGGCCGACCAAAGAUGUCGUCCAAGGUCGCGGUGCCGAAUCUGGACGACAGCGACGACGACAGCGACCGUCGCCGGAUGAUGCCGUCGUUUGUCGACAUUGACAACCGCCUGAAUGCAUUGCAGCAGUUUUUAAAAGACGCCAAGCAGUCGACACCACACAAAUCAAUAAAAUAACAAACUUACAAUAUCACAAUCGGUGAAUCCGUCCCGACGACCCGGCCUCGUCGCUCGCAUAGCUCCAUCGAUCUCCGUCCUCUGGAACGGUCAUCCGCGCCAUCGUGGAGCUGAGGUACCCGCGGCGCGUCGUCGGGACAUGCAUGUGCUUGUCGAGUCCCUGGAGCAAAUGCAUCAUGGACGAUGCAAACCCGACGUUCUGGGCAAAGUGAAACACGUCGAUGCGGGACAGAGUGUACUGCAGCCCCAACCCCAAGUACUCGCGGGGGUUGGACAGCAGCAGCGGCAAGAUGGGUUUGCCCUUGUCCUCUGCGAACGCGAUUUGGUCCAGCAGCAGUUCGUUCUGGUUCUUGUCAGACAGCACGACCACAAAUACGGCGCAGUGGAUGAUCGCUUCCUUGGCCGCUGAGAUGCGGCUCUGCGUGUCGGCUCCGUGCGGAUGGUCGAGGUACACCCGACAGGACGCCGCCGACAGUUCCUGGUGCACCUGUCGCACAAACCCUUGGUGGCAGUCGCCGGACGCGAGCACCACGAACGGCUGCUUCCAGUACUCGUCGUUGUGGUCGGGGGGGUAGUUGUGCUGCAGCAGCGUCGGACCCCACGUCGCCAUCGCUGUCGUCGGCAUGUCGAGGGUAGGUCUGGCCACGCACCGCUUCUUUUCAAUCUCGUCGCGCACGCCGUCCAGCAGUGACCGAAACUGCGUCAGGUACUGGUCUUGGUUGUACUCGUACGUGAUGUUCCGUGGGUUGGCCGCGUCGACAGCGGAGAUCGCUGACUCAAACGGUACAAUCUGACGAGUGUACAAGUACACUUGGAGCUCCUCUGUGAUAGUCACGUGCUCGGUGGAGAUGGCGAGCACGGGCGUGCCCACCUGCUUGGCGUACGCUAGCUCCUUGAGGCACCACUCAGACCGAGGGUAGUCUUCGGUGAGAACGCACACGACACAGCUAGCAUUGAGAAUCCCGCGGGCAAUCUCUUCGCGCCACACAGCCCCGCCGCCAAUGCCGCUCGGAUCCACUACAAAACCAUACGUUUAAACGGGGAAAAAUGGUCUUGACGGUACUCAGAUCGAGCCAUGUGGUGAUGUGCUGCUGCUCUAGACUCGCGCGCAACUUUUUCGCGAACUCCGAGUGCGAGUGCGUGUAGCUGAUCAUGACGUCGCGGCUUCCGGCGGCGCGCUUGACGGCAAACUGGAGCUCCGUGGACGUGGUGCAGUCGAUCGCGCGGCUGCCGUCGCCGUUGACCGCGUUGAUGUCGGCGCCGACGCCGAGAAGCGCCAGCGCGGCGGCUCGGUUCCCCUGCUUCAUGGCCACGUGCAGCGCCGUGUCGCCCGUCGCCACCGUCGCGUUGAUGUUGGCGCCGUGGAGGACCAGCGCCUGCAGCAGUUCCGGACGCAGGUCCGGCGCCAACGCCGCGCACAACACUGGCGUCAUCCCGUCCACAUCUCGGGCGUGGACGUUGGCCCGGUGCUCGAGCAGGAUGGUCACGCACUCGACGCGGUUGGCUCGAGCCGCCCAGUGCAGCGGCGUGCGGCCACCCGCGUCCUGCGCGUGGGGGUCCGCGCCCUUGUUGAGCAGCGGCGCCAGCACGUCGACACUGCCGGCGAUGGCGGCCCAGUGCAGCGGCGUGCGCCGGUUGAAGCCAGCGUACCCGUAUUCCCCCAAGCAGUUGGGGUCGCAGUAGCUAAGCAUUUUAUGCACCUAUAUACAACGUACACAGUGAAAA